AUGAGUUCAAGUUACUAACAAAAACACAGAAAUCUCUUGUAAGCCUACAUAAAUGCUGUUUAAUUUGAAGAAGAAACUUAGCAGUUGUCACAAAAUAUAAAUUCAAGCUAAAAUUUCUUUGAUUAUUCUAAGAAGUAUAAUACAUCUUUAUUUAGAAUUAAAACGAUCGAUAAGUUUUUGAGGGAUCUUCAAGGCCUGAAGUAAAUGCCUUUCUAUAAAAUUGAAUAAACUAGAUGA